CUUUACCUUAAUCUAACAUAUGAUAAUAAGACUGCUUAUACGCAGUAUAUAUAGUCGCUACCUCUGUUUUCUCUAACAUCCAUCUCUUUCUCAAUUUAUUGCUUUUCUUUGAUAUAUCACUAUACAGCUCUUAUUCUUUUUUAUUUUAUGUAAUACUAUAUCUCUUCUAAUGGAAGCCAAAGCAGAUUAUACACAAGAUGGCACUAUUGAUUUCCGUGGCCAACCUGCAGUUUCAUCUAAAACUGGCAAAUGGAAGGCUUGCGCUUUUCUUGUUGGCUAUGAAGCAUUUGAAAGGAUGGCCUUCUAUGGAGUGGCUUCAAACUUAGUGAAUUACCUUACAAGCCAACUUCAUGAAGAUACUGUUUCAUCAGUGAGGAAUGUGAAUAACUGGUCAGGAUCUGUGUGGAUAACGCCAAUUCUUGGGGCUUACAUAGCAGAUUCUUACUUGGGUCGCUUCUGGACUUUCACUCUCUCAUCUCUGAUUUAUGUCUUGGGAAUGACUCUUCUCACAGUAGCCGUGUCACUCAAGAGCCUGAGGCCAACAUGCACCAAUGGCAUAUGCAACAAGGCUUCAACCUCACAAAUUGCAUUUUUCUACACAGCCCUUUACACUAUGGCAAUUGGGGCAGGUGGAACAAAGCCAAACAUCUCAACUUUUGGUGCUGACCAAUUUGAUGACUUCAAUCCCAAUGAAAAAGAGCUAAAGGCUUCCUUCUUCAACUGGUGGAUGUUUACCUCAUUCUUGGGUGCUUUGAUAGCCACUUUAGGAUUGGUUUACAUUCAAGAGAAUUUGGGGUGGGGACUAGGGUAUGGAAUCCCCACUGCUGGUCUUCUAUUGUCUUUGGUCAUUUUCUACAUUGGCACACCAAUAUAUCGCCACAAAGUAAGCACAACAAAAACUCCUGCUAGCGACAUAAUUCGUGUGCCAAUUGCAGCCUUCAGGAAUAGAAAACUACAACUCCCUAGUAACCCCUCGGAUCUCUAUGAGCACAACCUCCAAGAUUAUGUUAAUAGUGGGAAACGCCAAGUCUAUCACACUCCAACUCUGAGGUUUUUGGACAAGGCUGCAAUUAAAGAAGACAGUGCUGGCUCCACAAGAGAACCAUUGACAGUGUCCCAAGUGGAAGGAGCAAAGCUUAUAUUUGGCAUGGUCCUUGUAUGGCUAGUGACACUGAUUCCAAGCACCAUCUGGGCCCAAAUCAACACUCUUUUUGUGAAACAAGGCACCACUUUGGACAGAAACAUUGGCCCUCAUUUCAAAAUUCCAUCAGCCUCUCUUGGAAGUUUUGUGACACUCUCCAUGCUUCUCUCGGUGCCAAUGUAUGACUGGUUUUUCGUGCCGUUCAUGCGCCAGAAAACCGGCCACCCUAGAGGAAUCACAUUGCUUCAAAGGCUUGGGAUUGGAUUUUCAAUCCAGAUCAUAGCCAUUGCAAUUGCCUAUGCAGUAGAAGUUAGAAGAAUGCAUGUCAUAGGAGCAAACCAUGUAGCUGGUCCUAAAGAUAUUGUCCCUAUGAGUAUAUUUUGGUUGAUGCCUCAGUAUGUACUAAUAGGGAUAGCAGAUGUGUUCAAUGCCAUAGGAUUGCUGGAAUUCUUCUAUGAUCAAUCCCCUGAAGACAUGCAAAGUCUUGGAACAACAUUCUUCACUAGUGGAAUUGGUUUUGGGAACUUCUUGAACAGCUUUUUGGUGACAAUGGUUGAUAAAAUAACAGGAAGGGGUGACAAAAAAAGCUGGAUAGGGGACAACUUGAAUGAUUGUCACUUGGACUACUAUUAUGGGUUUUUGUUGGUCAUGUCAAGUGUCAAUAUGGUGGUUUUUCUUUGGGUUUCAAGUAGAUACAUCUAUAAGAGGGAAUCGAUAAGGGUCAAGGAGGGCCUUUGUGUUCAAAUGGAGGGAAAACCAACUUUGGAUGCCUCUCUUGGUUUACAAGUGUGAUAAUUAACUAGCUAUAGGGUGGUAGUAGGCCAUGAUAUAUAAAUAACCAACCGGUAGAAUCAUAUUAAACCUAAAUUUUCUUGACAGAUUCUGCGGCAAGCUGAUAAAUGAUUGUUUAUUUGAAUUUAAUUGGCCCCCACCUAUAAGUGAAGUUGGAGCCAAAUAAAUUCAGAUACACAAGUUUGCGUAGAAUUUAUAAAUGCAUAAACUAAUAUAUCUCACUAGUCACUACACCAUGUGUGCUAUUUUGUAAAAUAUGCGUGCAAUUUUACUAUUUUUUUUUAUCCUGCUUUUCUUGCAAAUAAAAUUUCAUGUGCAAAUGCAAUGUUUCAAUA